AUGAGCCAGAGCGACGUGUCGCCGUGCGCGGCGCCGCCCAGCCAGCGCGUCUUCCAGGAGGCCGUGCGGCGCGGCAACACCAAGGAGCUGCAGUCGCUGCUGCAGAACAUGACGAACUGCGAGUUCAACGUGAACUCCUUCGGGCCCGAGGGGCAGACGGCGCUGCACCAGUCCGUCAUCGACGGCAACCUGGAGCUCGUCAAGCUGCUCGUCAAGUUCGGCGCCGACAUCCGCCUGGCCAACCGCGACGGCUGGAGCGCGCUGCACAUCGCCGCCUUCGGGGGCCACCAGGACAUCGUGCUCUACCUGAUCACCAAGGCCAAAUACUCCGCCGGCGCGCGGUGAUGCCGGGCCGCCCCCGACGCGUCGAAGCCGCUCGGACCGCGCGCUCCGUGCUUCCGCCCCGCCGCUCAGCCGCUUCCGAGUUCGUUGUUUGGUUCGGUUUGGUUUUCCUUCCGAGGGUUGUUUUCCUACUGUAAUUUUUUUUUUCCGUCUACCUCGGCUGCACUCACAGUAUUCACGGUUUCAGUUUGACGUCUGCUCAGAUGCUUUAAAACCCUCCCGCCCCCCGGUGAUAUUUAAUCCUCCUCCCCGACCCCUCACCCGUCCCUCGGUUUUAAAGCACUCUGCCGCAGAACGAGUUCAUUUCAACACUCCGCCCCUCCCGUCCCCCCGGCGCUGUAGCACUGCAGGUGCCCCGGCCCGGCGGCUCCGGGCUGAUCUCCUCCUGCGAGGUUUUUUUGGUUUUUAUUUUUUUUCGGAGGCAACUCCAUUGGAUAUGACAGACAUGCCCUGCCUGGUUCUUUUUUUUUUUUUUUUUUUUCUUCCCCUUUUUAAGUUGUUUUUUUCUUUUUUUUUUUUUUUUCUUUUCCUUUGGGGGUGUCCGAAGAAAGGCUGCAUCCUCAGCUGGUCCUUGAGUCCAUUUAGCACACGUGAGACCACAGGAAAAGACAUUGAAUCCUUCCUCCCGGCGUCGUGCGUGCGUGUGUGUGUGAGAGGGGAGGGGGGGGGAGAUCAGCAAAUCCUGAACUUAUUUUUUAAUUAAAAAAAAAAAUUAAAAAGGAAAAAAAAAAAAAUAGGUGAAAUAAACUGUAAGAGGCAGAGGAUUUGCUUUGCACAGAAGAGGGGCGCGAGCGCUCUCUGCUGCCUCGAGAGGUGCCUGAAAACUACUGAGAAAUAGUUUGGGAACUUUGGUUGUUCUUGGUUGUUCUUUUGGUGAAACUUGGAUAACGCUUCUCAAUGCAGAACGGUCCCUUUGUGCGUAGAGCCCGCCCGCCUUUUAUAUGGUGUGUGUGUAUAUAUAUAUAUAUAUAUAUA